AUGUCUCUCUUUGUGGGGGAAGGUCACACUCAGGCUCGGCUGGUGAGCAGCUCUGACUCUUCUAACUGUUCUGGUCGAGUGGAGCUCCAGUACCUCAGUUCCUCUCUGGCAUUUCAUGAGGGGCGAGUGCGGUUGUCUGGAGGGAUGGAGUGUGAGGGAGAGGUGGAGGUUUACUUCAUGCAGGACUGGAGGAGAGUUCUGCUGGACUCCUGUAGAAGGCUGGAGGUUUUCCACAGAGGAUCAUGGGGGACAGUGUGUGAUGACUUGUGGGAUAUUAAGGAUGUGCAGGUGGUCUGCAGACAGCUGCAGUGUGGAGUGGCCCUCAGUGCUCCGGUACCAGCCUGGUUUGGACCUGCAACUGGACCCAUAUGGCUGAAUGAGGUGGAGUGUGAGGGGAACGAGACGUCCAUGUGGAACUGCAGAUUUCAGCAGUGUGGAGAGGAUGAAUGUGGACACAAGGAGGAUGUAGGAGUCGUGUGUUCAGAGUUUAAAGAGAUCAGACUCACUAAGGGCUGUGAGAGGAAUCUGGAAGUGUUCUACAAUGGAACCUGGGGUAAUGUGUGUGUAAAUGGGAUGGAUGAAGAAACAAUAAGUCUCAUCUGUCAGGAGCUGAACUGUGGAAGAUCUGGCAGUGACAGGGCUACCAAAGCAAGAGUGGAAUCAGCUCCUAACUGGCUGGACAAUCUGAAAUGUAGGAGUCAUGACUCCACUCUGUGGCAUUGUCCAUCUUCACCCUGGAGACAGAACUACUGUGAUAAAAACAGUGAGGUGGCUCAAAUUACCUGCUUAGGUAGGGAGUUUAUAGUAGUUUUGUAGGAUGACAUGAAUAGAAUGUCAAAAAGUUUUUUUGGUAUUUUGCCACCAGACCAAAUCAAUCAACAGAGCUAAAUGUUCAAGAGAAAUAAAUCUUUAAGCAAAAUCUUUGUGUAACAGCUCAAUGAUUAAUGAAUUAUCUUAAUAUACUCACAGAAGAGAAAAAUGAUUGUGUGUUACGAAGCCACCUGAAAUG